AUGAGGACUGCGGCCGCCGACACAAUGGACUUGAUGUCUGACAGCAUGCCAUCCAUGGCCAGGUCUGACGGCAAGCGCUGCAACUUUUACACGACAGAGGAGAGGAAACACAUCAUAUCACUAAUUUGCAAGCGUAACGGCCUCUUGAGCUACCUCGAGCAGUUAUCGGAAACACACGACAUCAAGUUGAUCUCAAUGCCACAACUGUUUGAUCUGGACUACCAUGGUGCAGCGCCUCGGCUGCUGAAUGAGAUUGAAUUCCUCGAGGAGCGCAUCGCUGUACAAUGCAAUGCAUUGUUGGAAGAGUACGCUGAAAGUGACUGGGAAGAUCUAGAGACGAAAGACGUGGAUAUGGACAUGGAUGAUCAGACUGUGUCUGGGGAAUCGCUACCCGAGACGUUCGAGGAUGGUCGAUGGAUGUUCGACGAGGACUACGAAUCGGUCACAGUCUUCGACAACCGGCGGUCUAAAAGGAAGCGGCUCAUGAAUGAUGACAGCGAUGAGGACUGGCGCAUUGGGGUCGAGAACCUGUCGAGGAUCGAGAUGGCUAGACAACGUGUUGAAGCUUUGAGGCCUUAG